CUCCACAAUGAUCCUCCCCGGUCGCACGCUCCUUACCCGCUCGAUCAUCCAAAACAUCAAAUCCCCAUCUCUCCAAGUCCAACCAUGCGGCAUCGACCUGACCCUCAAAAGAAUCCUUACUUUUAGAUCCCCAGGAACGGUCGAUUUCGACAAUACCCACCGCCACACAGCUUCGACUACUGAGAUUCCUUUACCGGAACACAACAAUAUCUCCACCUCCGCUAUCAAUAACAGUGCCGACCGCAACAAUAGCAGCAGCAACAUUAACACCCACAACCAAGACACCCCAUUCAUAACCCUCGCACAAGGAACCUACCUGAUCGAAUUCAACGAAACAGUCUCCGUCCCGCUCGACGUGAUGGGCCAGAUCUUCGUGCGUAGCUCGCUGUUUCGCUCCGGGGUGGCCAUUCACGCUGGAGUCAUGGACGCCGGGUAUACCGGGGCAGUGGGAGCUUUGAUGCAAGUGUUCAAUGCGCACGGGGUGCGGGUUUCGCGGGACGCGAGACUGGCGCAGAUGGUGUUUCAUUGUAUGAGUGAGAGGGUGGAGGAGGGGUAUAAGGGGGUGUAUCAGGGAUCCGGGGGGAUUUAGGAAUAGGAUUUUGGGUGGGGUUGGAGGGUGUGGAAUGCUGU